AUGGCACCAGUUACUAGGCGUAAUGAGCACCUUGAAGGUUCCACAGAACCACCACCGAAUGAGCCUGAGGUGUUGGCUGCUGCUGCUACCAGACUUCUUCGGUACCUUGCUAAUGAUCAGGGUUUAGGAGUGAGGAAUCCCAAGGUCGGUUGCACCCUAUACCAGUUUACGCAACAGCACCCUCCGACUUUUUACGGCAAAGCAGAAGCACUCGACGCGGAAAGUUGGAUCAAGAGAAUGGAAAAGAUCUUCAGAGCCCUUUUUUGUACUGAUGAACAGAAAAUGGAGUGUGCCACUUAUGUGCUUGCGGACGAGGCAGAUGAGUGGUGGACUUCCACACGGGAUCUACUGCAACUCGAACUUGACGAGGGAGUACCCAUCACUUGGGACCGCUUCGGAGAGGGCAUUCUUAGAUCGAUUCUUUUCCCCAGCACUCCGGGAGCAUUGUCGCGUUUUGCAAAUUAUCUUAUUCCGGAUGAGGAGAGGAAAUGUGAGAAGUUCGAGCAAGGACUACAUUCACGGAUUCGAAGUCGUCUUAUACCCCUCAGGAUCCGUAAUUUCACUGACUUGGUUACGCGAGCCACUCUGGUGGAAGAGGACAUGAGAACGAAUGCAGAGUUACUUAAUCAGAAGAAACGCCAACAGGCACUGCAAGAGCCUUACCGCAACAAAAAGUUUACCCCAAACGAUCGUCCGGUACCAUCUCAAGAUAAGCAACCUUAUCCAAUUUGCGGGACAUGCGGAAAGAUGCAUCAAGGAAGAUGCUUGCAAGGUCAGAAUGUUUGCUUCGUUUGUGGAGAGCCCAACCAUAUCGCCCGCAAUUGCCCAAGAAAGAACACUCAAGUUUUGACUAAAGGGAAUGGGCAAAGACCCAUGGCCCCAGCUAGAGUUUUUGCCCUCGCUACUGUUGAUGGGGUAGCAGGUGACAACCUUUGUGAGGAUGGAACUGCAGGACAAGAUCAUAACAAGGAAGAUGAGGCGAAGGCUUAG